AUGUUUGACACGUCAAAGGCGCCCAAAAAAUCUAAACUUGCGGCUUCCGGGUCCUCCUCGAGUUUAUCCGAGGAAUCCGGUUCAGUGGAGGUCAAAUCGACACGACCCGUGGUCAGAGUUGGAGGCCUGCAGCUCUUGAAUACCAUACCCUUUUCUAUGGCGUCAUACAGGGCAGCCUUAUCAGAAGAACAGACGAGGCUACUCGAAUUAGAAUGCGAGACGAUGGGCAUGAGUUGGUUAAAGUUACUCAAAGAUGAGAUAAAGAAGCCGUACUUCCUCGCCCUGAAAAGAUUUUUGUGGGAGGAAGGAGUUACCAGCGCGGACGCCAAGGGCCAUUCGGUCUUCCCUUCGCCUAGGAACAUCUAUGCUUGGUCGCGCACCCCACUGGGAAAGCUGAAAGUCGUCAUCAUCGGACAAGAUCCCUACCACGGCCCGGGGCAAGCUCAUGGCCUCUGCUUCUCUGUUCCACCAGGUGUGGCGGUUCCACCGUCAUUGAGAAACAUAUAUGCCGAGAUUAAAGCCGAGUACCCCGAGUUCUCCCCCCCAAAGCACGGGAACUUGACGGCAUGGGCGGACAACGGCGUUCUGCUGCUGAACACGUGUUUGACAGUCCGAGCGGGAAACGCAGGUUCUCACUCCGGAAAAGGGUGGGAGGAGUUCACGGACAAAGUCGUUGAUGUCGUGGAUAAAUAUGGAGGCGCGAAUCUCACUAGCGGGUCUUCGGGCAAGGCCGGGUACGGACGAGGCGUCGUCUUCCUGGCUUGGGGAAAGUGGGCGGCCAAACGUGUGGCAAAAUUAGACAAGAAAAAGCAUCUGAUCCUGACCAGUGCGCACCCAUCACCCCUCAGUGCCCACCAAGGUUUUCUAGGGAAUGGGCACUUCAAGAAGGCUAAUGAAUGGCUGAAGGAGCGAUAUGGACCAGACGCGGUGGUGGACUGGUGUUCCCUUGAAGCGGCGCAGUGA